CAAUACUAUCACACCCUUAUUUUAUCUUCUCUUUGUGCUCUCUAUACCAUCUUCCCCUUCCUCAUUUCAGGGUCUGCUUAAACCCUACUCUCUCCACUGCUCCAAACCCUAGAUUCUGAAGGAGGUAUGAACCCUUCUCUUCUCACAGCUCCUCCUCCUUCUCAACACUCCUCUCCCUUUCUCAAUCCCACACCUUUCCGCUUCUCAACAACCUCCCUCACAAGACGACGUCGUUAUCGAAUCUCACUCAUUCGGAGCUCAUCCACCCCUCCCGACCCUCUCACCUCGUCACCCCCCUCCGUCACAUCCGAUGUCUUCGGCGGCCGGAGGGAGCUCUCGGGGAUUCAGCCUUUGGUCGACAGCUUGUCGCCGCCUCUCAGGCUAGUUAGCUCCGCUCUCAUUGUAGCUGGCGCCAUCGCCGCCGGGUACGGCCUGGGGUUUCGGUUCGGGAAAUCUCGGAACACCGCAUUGGGCGGUGCUGUGGCUAUUGGAGCGGCCGGUGGUGCGGCUGCGUAUGCGUUGAACGCUUGCGUUCCGGAGGUUGCCGCGGCGAAUUUGCAUAAUUACGUCGCCGGAUGUGAUGACCCUGGGGCUGUGAAGAAGGAAGAUAUUGAAGAAAUUGCGAAUAAGUAUGGUGUUAGCAAACAGGAUGAAGCAUUUAAUGCAGAGCUUUGUGACUUGUAUUGCCGGUUUGUAACUUCUGUCGUUCCUCCGGGGAGUGAAGAUCUCAAAGGUGAUGAAGUUGACACAAUUAUCAAAUUUAAAAGUUCUCUUGGAAUUGAUGAUCCAGACGCAGCAGCCAUGCAUAUGGAGAUUGGUAGGCGAAUUUUCAGGCAAAGGCUUGAAACUGGGGAUCGUGAUGGUGACAUAGAGCAGCGUCGGGCAUUUCAGAAGCUGGUUUAUGUCUCAACUCUUGUGUUUGGUGAAGCAUCAAAAUUCCUUUUACCUUGGAAACGUGUUUUCAGGGUUACUGAUUCUCAGGUUGAGGUUGCUGUCCGUGAUAAUGCACAGCGGUUGUAUGCCUUCAAGCUAAAAUCAGUUGGCAGAGAUGUUGAUGUGAAUCAGCUUGUUAGCCUUAGAGAGGCGCAACUUUCUUGUCUGCUUUCCGACGAGCUUGCUGAGGAUAUGUUUAAGGAGCAUACAAGAAAACUGGUUGAGGAAAACAUUUCAACAGCGCUAAGUAUAUUAAAGUCUAGGACGAGAGCAGUCAGGGGAGCUACACAAGUUGUGGAAGAGCUUAAUAAAGCACUGGCAUUUAAUAAUUUGCUAAUCUCAUUGAAGAAUCAUCCAGAUGCAGGCCGCUUUGCUUGUGGGGUCGGGCCAAUUUCUUUGAUGGGUGGUGAGUAUGAUGGUGACAGAAAGAUGGAUGAUUUGAAGCUUCUAUAUAGAGCAUAUGUUGCUGAUUCUUUAUCAAGUGGUCGUAUGGUGGAAAAUAAGCUUGCUGCGUUGAAUCAAUUGAAGAAUAUAUUUGGUUUAGGUAAACGAGAAACAGAAGGCAUUAUGCUUGAUGUUACCUCAAAGGCAUAUCGUAAGCGACUUGCACAGUCUGUGUCUGGUGGUGAUUUAGAAGCUGCAGAUAGCAAAGCUGCCUUCCUCCAAAAUAUUUGUGAUGAGUUGCACUUUGAUCCAAAGAAGGCCAGUGAGAUCCAUGAAGAAAUUUAUCGGCAAAAGCUCCAGCAAUGUGUAGCUGAUGGAGAGCUGAAUGAGGAGGAUGUUGCCAUUUUGUUGCGGUUACGAGUCAUGCUCUGUGUUCCUCAGCAAACUGUUGAAGCAGCUCAUGCUGAUAUUUGUGGCAGCUUGUUUGAAAAGGUUGUGAAGGAUGCAAUUGCUUCUGGUAUUGAUGGAUAUGAUGAUGAUGUUAAGAAAUCUGUGAGAAAAGCUGCUCAUGGCUUACGCUUAACAAGGGAGGCUGCCAUGUCUAUUGCUAGUACAGCAGUCCGGAAAAUUUUCAUGAACUAUGUAAAACGAUCACGAGCUGCUGGGAACCGUAUUGAAGCCGCCAAAGAACUUAAGAAGAUGAUAGCAUUCAACUCCUUGGUUGUGACUGAAUUAGUAGCAGAUAUAAAAGGAGAAUCAUCUGAUGCUGCUUCUGAAGAGCCUAUUAAGGAGGAAGAGGUACAAAUCGAAGAGGAUGAUGACUGGGAUUCCCUUGAGACACUCAGAAAAAUAAAACCCAGAGAGAAACUUACUGCAAAGUUGGGGAGACGAGGAGGGCAAACAGAGAUAACUCUUAAAGAUGACCUCCCAGAAAGAGAUAGGACUGACCUUUAUAAGACAUACUUAUUGUUCUGUCUGACUGGGGAAGUGACCAAGAUUCCGUUUGGGGCACAAAUCACCACAAAGAAAGAUGAUUCAGAGUAUCUUCUGCUGAACCAGCUUGGUGGAAUCCUAGGUUUGACUGAUAAGGAGAUUGUGGAAGUUCAUCGGAGCUUAGCAGAGCAGGCUUUCAGACAACAAGCUGAGGUGAUUUUAGCUGAUGGGCAAUUGACCAAAGCUAGGAUCGAGCAGCUCAAUGAGGUGCAGAAGCAAGUUGGACUGCCACCACAGUAUGCACAAAAGGUUAUAAAGAAUAUCACAACUACAAAAAUGGGAGCUGCCAUUGAAACUGCUGUCAGUCAGGGAAGGCUCAACAUAAAGCAGAUACGAGAACUCAAGGAAGCAAGUGUUGAUUUAGAUAGCAUGUUAUCUGAGAGCUUACGAGAGAACGUCUUCAAAAAAACUGUUGAUGAAAUGUUCUCAUCAGGCACCGGAGAAUUUGAUGGGGAGGAAGUCUAUGAGAAGAUCCCUUUAGAUCUCAACAUUAAUGCUGAAAAGGCAAAAGGGGUUGUUCAUGAGCUUGCACGAACUAGGUUAUCAAACUCCCUGAUUCAGGCUGUGUCCUUGCUCAGGCAGAGAAACAGUUCAGGGGUGGUUUCCUCUCUUAAUGACUUGCUAGCUUGUGACAAAGCUGUACCCUCUGAACCGUUAUCAUGGGAGGUUACAGAGGAGUUGGCUGAUCUUUUUGCUAUAUACAUGAAGAGUGACCCAGCUCCUGAAAAACUGUCCCGCUUGCAGUACCUGCUGGGCAUAAGCGAUUCAACUGCAGCUACGUUGCGAGAGAUGGGAGACAGAGUACUGCAAAUCGGAACAGAGGAAGAGUUUGUAUUUUAGAUUCUGUAAUGAGAUGCAACGUUCUAAGCACAUGGCUCAUUUUUGUUUCCCCUUUUUUGGUCGGCCCCUUUUCUUCAGAAACGAGAAACAAUAGGGUGAUUAGUAGUGACAAUUUGCCAAUGCAGUCUGGGAUUCCAAAUAGGCAUGAAGGUAUCAAUAGAUGUUUAAUACCAAUUAUCGUGUGCGAAUAUUCUUAAAAAUAAAUAAAAUUCUCAAUGCUUGAUAUCC